AGUGCGAAAUACGAGCGUGGCACUGGCCGUAACAGCACAAAGGCCCACGAACAGCUCGAAAUUCGCGCGCUGCGUGAACUCAUCAAAGAGGGACGGCAAAGAAAUUAAAGACAACUGGCACAAUUAUAUCGUUUAAUUCCCUUCCCCAAACUGCCAAUGAAACUUUCUCACCUUGAACAUUGUGAGGACAGCGCCGCUCUCGAAGUGUGGCGCGGCGGCAGUGACGCACAGAACCACGCGCCGCUUACGGCCGCCAGAAUGGUGAAAUCUUUAAGUCUGUAUUUCCGGUCCAGUAGUGCGUCCCAGUAUCUAGGCAACAGCUGAAAGGAGCUCUACUGACUGAAGCUACCGGAGAAGUGGGUUCUUGGGCCGAGGUUCGCUGCGAUGUGGGGCAGUAUACACACUAUAGUGCCCAAGCAGGACAGUACAGACUGGCAGAGGGCUCAACAAGAAGCAGCAGCAAAAACGAUUCAGAAGACAUGGUGGAUUCACAUAAGAAUACGACUGUUUAAACUCCUGAAACAUACCAUUCGGGCAGCAGAGCAUUGCAUUAGCUAUGAGAUUUUGAAAAGAGUAAGUCCUUUGGAGGCUGAACUUCUUAACGAACCUACAAUUAAGUGUAAAGUCCGAUUCAGAUUUGCUGGAUCUGAUUUUCCCCCUUUCAUUGUGUUCAAGAUAUUUUGCAAGUCAGGAGGCCAAAGCAACCAUUACAUCAGUGGAAAAAGAGUAAUAACGUCAACAAGUGAGGCGGCUGUUGAUGCUUGUAAAUUAAUGGGAUACCGGAAGUAUUAUAAUCAGAUGCUGCAAGAUGAACUUCAGUAUAAGAAAUAUGGAAUAACAGAUGAAAUAGAUGUGGCUACAAUAAGAGACUACAUACAAUAUGCUAGUCUUAUGGAUGAGACUCCAGCAUACUUUGGUGGCAGGCAUAACUACUGGAGAAGACUGUCUUUGGAAAACCUUCCCAGAGCAAUGAUAAUGUAUGAUAUCAUGGACUAUGCACAGUCUGGGAAGCUAUCUACUAGACUUAGGAUGGAACUGCCAUUUCUGCUGCUGAGGCCACAGAAUGAAGAAACAUGUUGUGCUCAAGUCAUGGCUGUUUGUCAAAUCAGAUCCCCUACACCAUGCCCUACAACUGCCACCCUAUCAAAACUAGAUCGAAGAUCAUUACGCAGAACUGCUGGACGUCGCUCUUAUCAAGCUCACCAGAAGGCUGCAAAAAUGAAGAAGGCUUAUAGGAGUGGGAAAGAAAGAGAGAUGCUGAAAAGUUCAUCUUUUGUAAGUGAUCAUUCAGAAUCUACUUCAGUUAUUGAAGGCCCAAGCCAUGAAAGUCUAUUGUCAGAUGAAGACUGGGAGCAGGAAGCAGUGAGACUAUAUGACUGGGCCAGAUCGCUACGAACAGAAGAUAUUGGCGAAGACUAACCCAUGAUAAAACUUAUUUUUCCUCAUGUUUCUUCUGUUUGAAUCACAUAGUUGUAGACAACAGUUAAAAUUAUCCUCCGUAUAUAGUUUUCACUUAUGUUGCUGCAGACCUAGCGUAAGCACAGCCCUAAAUAACAUUAAUAGCAUAUAAUUAUUCCAGGCUUCAGGAGAGUCGUAAUGAUGCAGUUUAGUGUGGACUAAAGUUUGUGACAGUGGCAUUAGCCGCUAAUAAAGCGGGAAGAAAACAACUUAUAAGUAAGCAUACCCUAUAGGAACAGAGGCAGAGUUACACAGGCACUUGUUAAUGACAUUCAGGACAUUUAUUCUUAGAAAUAACAGUAUAUAGAAUCCAGGUGGGCAACUGUUAGAAGAGAGCAAUCAUUGUUUCUUCUUAGCUAUAAUUCAGAAAGGAAGGAGAUGAAAAGUUGGUGGGGGAAUAUUCAAUGUCGGUCACAGUCAGGGUAGAUCCAUUGAAAUCCAUUGAUUUAAGUAGCUUAAGUAUUAAUUUCAAUGGGUUUACACUGAGUAUUUUAUAGUUGGAUAUUACUGGUGUGAUGCAAAAAGGUUAAUCUAGUGUCUGUUUUAGUCAAUGUAAAAUAUACAUUCUACUCAUGACAAGAUACAGCCCAGCUUUUUUACCUGAAGUUUAUACUGUUAUAAUCAUGUAAUGGUUGAUUAGAUAUGAAUAUACAAAGACUAGAAAUUUAUAUCCUCAUGGACAAAAUGUACUCAGUUAAGCACUUUUAAAUCCUGCUGAUUUCAGUAGGAAGGUUGAGCACACUUAAAUAUCUCCCAGUAAAGUCAACGGGGCUUUACGUGCUUAACUGACUAGAUUGUGCUCACUGUUUUUGUGACUCUGCAUGUUAGCACUAGGACUGAAUGCUUUAACAAUACUUUUCUAGUUAGGUCAACAUGCUUGGCCAUAGAAAAAAACCUUGAAGCAUAAUAUACAGUGGGCAAAGUACCAUAAAGAUUAAAAAUAUUUUAUUUACAUUUUUCUUUAUAUACAGUUUUUACACCUUAGUUUAAAAAGAGAACACAUGUAUGUCUGAACAUAAUGCAUUCACAGCAUGAAAAAGUUGAUGUUUGCAAACAAGUGGGAAGAAAGAAUGCUGUUAGAAAGUUUAAAAAGACAUAUUGCAGGAUUUCAUAGCAGCCAUGGGAAUGUUCCUAGAAAAGUAUCCCAAUAUGCACAUUUGAGUUUCUGUACAUAUUUGAUCAAAGCACUUCCAUGUGAUUCAGCACAGUUAGAAGAUAACUUGCCAGUAGCAUUGUUUAUGAAACGCCUGCCACCUCAUUCAGGAGAUGCUGUAAAUAUAUAUAGAUAGCUGCCCAUGCUACUGCAGUUCCUGGUAACUUUUUAUAGCAGGUGGGUUAACCUGUGGCCCUCCAGAUGUUGUUAGACUUCUAGUCUCCAUCAGCCCUAUCCAGCAUGGCUUGUGAUCAGGGAUUUGGGGAGUUUUACUCCUACAUUUGCAGGGCCGCAGGUUAGCUACCACUGUUAAACUAAUAUUUUUCCAGAUUUCCUUCUAAUGGCAUUAAGAUUAAUAGUAAAGUUUCCCAGUUAUUGAAGUUAUGUGGAAUUUGAUACUAAAGUUUUGAAAAACCCACAAAGCAAUUCAGAAUUAUUUAUUCAGAUUUCCAACUGCUUUUUUCUUUGUCCCUUUGCCACACUACUUGAACAAAAGCAACCACUGAUAAGACACCACACUAUAGGAAAACCAAGAUUUUCCAGUCCUUGCAUGUUCAGUUUUACACAGAUGUAAGCUCACUCUUAAUUGGCUUUUACACUUUACACCAUGUAUGAGCAGUGUUGUUGAUACCACACAGCAUGUUUUCAGAUUCAAAAUUUAAUUCACAACUUUUGUUCUAUCCAGAAUAAAAGUAUUCUGAACAUUA